AUGAACAGUUUCUCUGGUGAACCAGGGCAUUUCUGGCUUGAGCGCGGUUUGGUCACCUCAUCAGAAAUUCUUCAGAAGCAAGUGUUCCCACAAGCUGACAGCUGGCUUGAAAAAUCGAGCGUGAAGAUGGCUGCCCUCGAACGAUCUGCGGUCAAGGAUUUUUGCGGAGCUCAGAAUAUAUGGCAUUUGAAGCUAAUCUCUACCCAAGCAUGCGUUACAGGGCGCACACCCGAGGAAAUGCGCUUGCGUGAAGUGAUCCCCGACGUGAGCAAUAGACUCGAUGCCUUGCUUGCAAAAGUUGCCCAGGCGGAAGAAACGAACAAGAAAGUUCAAGAAGAUGUGCGCAAGAUCCUUCCUGCUUUGGGUCAGAUUAUGCAAGGUCAUUCCAGUUUGUUACUGGUCCUUUGUCAUUGGAGAUGGCAUCCAGUUUGUCUUCAGAGCAGUCGACGCCAAAUGGGUCUUUAG